GCAGGGAUGGAGGGAGGAGCCCCCUUUGCUGCCCGGGGAAGGUCAAUUUAAGGGUUAACCUGAGGGAGUCCAGGUUCCUAGAGAGGCCACUGGGAAGAAACAUUCGGCAGGGGCGCCUUCCCUUCCGGCCCCUCCCCCGAGGAAGGCGCCUUUGAGUCUCUUCCUGCCCACGGCGGGAUCUACAGCCCCCCCUUGAAGAUGGAAACUCGCUGGUUGCCAUCAAUGUAGGUGGGGUGCGUGGGGACCCCAGAGCCGCGGAGGGAGGCGAUGCAAGGGAGGAAAGCCGGGAGUGGGCUUGGGAGGACAGAACCAGGCGAGAAAUGCCCCAGGUGGGCAAUGAGGGGGCUGAGAUGUUUGCUGUUCCCCCAGCUUCACCCCUCUGGGAAGGCAGCAAGAAAAGCAAAUGUGUAGAUCACGACAUAAGAAGAGGAGCCCUGUUGGAUCUGGCCAAAGGCGGCCUAUUAAUCGGUGCUCCUGGGAAGGAAGGAAGGAAGGAAGGACGGAACAAUGAAGCCCCCAAGUGGGGAAACGAGGAGCCGCCCCCUCCUCUUGGGGUUCCCUAGUGGCUGGUGACGUUCAGGGUCAUCGUGCCAGCUGUGAUCCUGAUGGAAAUAUACAGCUGUCCAGGCUAGUAGGCAUCGAUCACGCUGUUCUCCGUGGAUUGGUCUAAUCUCUUCUUUUUAAACUGUUUAAAUCGGUGGCCAUCACCAGAGAUGCACCUAGGUAGUUUUGGAGCCUGGACCUAAAGGUAUUUGGACCCACCCCACAAGUUAAGCAUCAGCCCCCUACACACACAUGCUGUGACAUAUGCAGUAUUUUUAACAAGUGAGUUGUUGAAGGCACAAAGAACAACUGAAGUAACAAGAAUGUAAGAAUAUAAAACAGAGGAGUCCAGGCACAUGGCAGAAUAACCCCUUUUUGCCUCUAAAAUACCUUCCAUGAAAGUGUCAUUGUUUGCACUCAGAGUAAUGUCUUGAAGGACUUCGCUUCAGCUGUUUGGUGAGCCCCUGCCUUAAGAAAGAGGCUCCUUGGACUACGGGCCAAAAAUGGAAGAGCAAGACUCAAGUGGUCCUGAAGCAGCAAGAGUCCCAGAGGCAGUUCAAGUUUGGCACACUGGAGAAAGAUUUGUGCAGAAGGUUCUGGGUGGGGACAGCAUCAGGUCAGAUGUUCCAUGCUGGAGAUUCAGGCAGUUCUGCUACCAAGAGACUGCAGGGCCCCGAGAAUUUUGCAGCCAACUCCAUGAUCUUUGCCGCCAGUGGCUGAAGCCAGAGAGCCACACGAAAGCUCAGAUGCUAGACCAGAUGGUCCUGGAAUCAUUCCUGACUGUCCUGCCCCCAGAGAUGGAGAGCUGGGUCAGGGAAUGUCAAGCUGAAACCACAUCUCAGGCCUUGGCCUUGGCAGAAGGUUUCCUCCUGAGCCAGGCAGAGGACAAGAAGCAGGAAGAGCAGCAGGGGCAGCGACUGGCAGCAGAAAUGGUGGGCGAUUUCUCCGAGGCAGAGAAGUCUCCGUUGGACUCCGGAGAGAGGCCGCUCUUCAGGGGGAAGGGCCAGGAUUGUGACCGAGGUGCCCCCUCUCUGGGCAGCAAAAAGAUGCCGGUCCCUCAUUCCAGGCCUUCUCCUCUCUUUGAUGGAGGGGAUGUGGUUGCUGUGCCAUCACCGGAUCAGGGCCCAGUGACCUUUGAGGAGGUGGCUGUGCAUUUCAUGGAGGAGGAGUGGGCACUGCUGGAUCCAGAGCAAAGGGCUCUGCACAGAGAAAUCAUGGAGGAGACAUCAGCGCAUCUGGCUUCACUGGGUGAUGAGAGGGGGCAUGGGAGAGAUGGUGAAAGGCACAGGAGAAAAGCUGGAGGAAAACAGGAGUGGAGAAAGGAACCCAUUCCUUCCAAAGGGAGUGACUUGCAUGGAAUUCCAAUCCAACAAGAAAUUCACAAAAGAAACAAAAGGAAUACGAUUCCUCUACAUGCAGAAAUCUCAACUAAGUCAAGCCUUAGCAAUCAUGAAACAGACCACACUGAGAAGAUACAAUAUAAAUGCACAGAUUGUGGAAAGAGCUUCAGUGUCAGAGGAAGCCUAAUUUCCCAUCAGCGAAUCCACACAGGGGGAAAAUCGUAUCAGUGCUCAGUGUGCGGAAAGAGCUACGGCAACAAUGCAAGCCUUCGAUACCAUCGUAAAAGCCACACUGGAGAAAAACCAUAUCAAUGUUCAGUGUGUAGAAAGAGUUUCAGCCAUAAAUCACACCUUACUGAACAUCAAAGAAUCCACAGAGGGGAGAAACCACAUCAAUGCUCAGUGUGUGGAAAGAGCUUCACCAGCAGCACAAACCUUACUUACCAUCAAAGAAUCCACACAGGGGAGAAACCAUAUCAAUGCUCAGUGUGUGGAAAUAGCUUCAGGAACAACGCAAGCCUUCUUUACCAUCAUAGAAACCACACUGGAGAAAAACCAUAUCAGUGCUCAGUGUGUGGAAAGAGCUUCAGCCACAAGUCACACCUUACUGAACAUCAAAGGAUCCACACAGGGGAGAAACCACAUAAAUGCUCAGUGUGUGGAAAGAGCUUCAGCCAUAGAUCACACCUUACUGAACAUCAAAGGAUCCACACAGGGGAGAAACCACAUCAAUGUUCAGUGUGCGGAAAGAGAUUCAGCAGGAGCCCAAACCUUAUGCGCCAUUGUAGAAGCCACACUGGAGAAAAGCCAUAUCAAUGCUCAGUAUGCGGAAAGAGCUUCAGCCAGAAUGACAACCUUACUGCACAUCAGAGAAUCCACACAGCUGAGAAACCAUAUCAGUGUUCAGUGUGUGGAAAGAGCUUCAGUCGGAGUGCACACCUUUCUUCCCAUCAAAGAAUCCACACAGGGGAGAAACCAUAUCAAUGUUCCAUGUGUGGAAACAGCUUCAGGAACAACACAAGCCUCAUUUGGCAUCAAAGAGGCCACACCGGAGAAAAACCAUAUCAAUGCCCAGUGUGUGGAAAGAGCUUCAGGAACAAAACAAGCCUCGUUUGCCAUCAGAGAGGCCACACAGGAGAAAAACCAUAUAAAUGCUCAGUGUGUGAAAAGAGCUUUAGCCAGAGUUCACACCUUUCUUCCCAUCGAAGAAUCCACACAGGGAAGAAACCACAUCAAUGCUCAGUGUGCAAAAAGAACUUCAGUUCUAAUGGAAAACUUACAAAGCAUCAAAGCAUUCACAAAAAGAUCCUAAAACAGAUUAUUAAGCAGUCUGUCUGUGAGUAUAUAGAAAAGGAUCUGGUGAUUAGUGGGAGCCAGCAUGGAUUUGUCAAGAACAAGUUAUGGUGGACCAGCCUCAUCUCCUCUUUCUACAGAGGGAUGUCGGGGAUGCUUAUCGCACUUGCAGCUGACCUGAAGCUGGAGGGACUAGCUAAUACCAAGGAAGAAAGAGGCUCCUUGGACUGCGGGCCAAAAAUGGAAGAGCAAGACUCAGGUGGUCCUGAAGCAGCAAGAAUCCCAGAGGCAUUUGAGGCUUGGCAUGCUGGAGAAAGAUUUGUGCAGAAGGUUCUGGGUGGAGACACCAUCAGGUCAGAUGUUUCAUGCUGGAGAUUCAGGCAGUUCUGCUACCAGGAGGCUGCAGGGCCCCGAGAAUUUUGCCGCCAACUCCAUGAUCUUUGCCGCCAGUGGCUGAAGCCAGAGAGCCACACGAAAGCUCAGAUGCUAGACCAGAUGGUCCUGGAGUCGUUCCUGACUGUCCUGCCCUCAGAGAUGGAGAGCUGGGUCAGGGAAUGUCAAGCUGAAACCACAUCUCAGGCCUUGGCCUUGGCAGAAGGUUUCCUCCUGAGCCAGGCAGAGGACAAGAAGCAGGAAGAGGAGCAGAGGCAGCGACUGGCAGCAGAAAUGGUGGGCGAUUUCUCUGAGGCAGAGAAGUCUCCGUUGGACUCCAGAGAGAGGCCGCUCUUCAGGGGGAAGGGCCAGGAUUGUGACCGAGGUGCCCCCUCUCUGGGCAGCAAAAAGAUGCCAGUGCAUCAUUCCAGGCCUUCUCCUCUCUUUGAUGGAGGGGUUGCAGUUCCUGUCCCAUCACCGGAUCAGUGUCCAUUGACCUUUGAGGAGGUGGCUGUGCAUUUCUCGAAGGAAGAGUUGGCACUGCUGGGUCCAGACCAAAGGGCUCUGUACAGGGAAGUCAUGGAGGAGACUUCAGCGUAUCUGGCCUCACUGGGUGAUGAGAGGGGAUAUGAGAGAGAGGGUGAAAGGCACAGGCAAAAAACAGGAGGAAACCGGGAGUGGAGAAAGGAACCCAUUCCUUCCAAAAGGAGUGACUUGCAUGAAAUUUCAAUCCAACAAGAACUUCACAAAAGGAAUACCACCACUCUACAUUCAGAAAUCUCAACUGGUGAGCCAGGUCUUAGCACUCCUCAAACUGAUCACACAGAGAAGACCCAGUUUAAAUGCUCAGAUUGUGGAAAGAGCUUCAGUCACAGAGGAAGCCUAACCUCUCAUAAGAGAAUCCACAGAGUGGAAAAACCAUAUCAGUGCUCAGUGUGUGGAAAGACCUUCAGACAGAGCUCAGGCCUUAGUUACCAUCAAAGAAUCCACACAGGGGAGAAGCCGUAUGAGUGCUCUGUGUGUGGAAAGCGCUUCAGCAGCAACACAAGCCUUGUUUGCCAUUACAGAAUCCACACCGGUGAAAAACCAUAUCAGUGCUCAGUGUGUGGAAAGAGCUUCAGCCAGAGCUCACACCUUUCUUCCCAUCAAAGAACCCACACAGGGGAAACAGCAUAUCAAUGCUCAGUGUGCGGAAAGAGCUUCAACAGCACCACACACCUUACUUACCAUCAAAGUAUCCACACAGGGGAGAAACCUUAUCAAUGUUCAACAUGUGGAAAGAGCUUCAGCAACAACACAAGCCUUACUUACCAUAAUAGAACCCACACUGGAGAAAAACCAUAUCAGUGCUCAUCGUGUGGGAAGAGCUUUAGCUAUAGCUCACACCUUACUGAACAUCAAAGAAUCCACACAGGGGAGAAACCACAUCAAUGUUCAGUGUGUGGAAAGAGAUUCAGCAGAAGCCCAAACCUUAUGCGCCAUUGUAGAAGCCACACUGGAGAAAAGCCAUAUCAAUGCUCAAUAUGUGGAAAGCGUUUCAGCCAGAAUGACAACCUUGCUUCCCAUCAAAGGAUCCACACAGCGGAGAAACCAUAUCAAUGCUCAGUGUGUGGGAAGGGUUUCAGCCGGAGUUCAAUCCUUACUUCCCAUCAAAGAAUCCACACAGGGGAGAAACCAUAUCAGUGUUCCAUGUGUGGAAAGAGCUUCAGGAGCAACACAAGCCUUAUUUACCACAAAAAAGGCCACACCAGAGAAAAGCCGUAUCGAUGCUCAGAGUGUGGAAAGAGCUUCAGCCAGAGCUCACAGCUUUCUUCCCAUCAAAGAACCCACACAGGGGUAAAACCAUAUCAGUGCUCAGUGUGUGGAAAGCACUUCAGCCAGAGUGCACACCUUUCUUCCCAUCAAAGAAUCCACACAGGGGAGAAACCAUAUCAAUGUUUGAUGUGCGGAAAGAGCUUCAGGAACAACACAAGCCUCAUUUGCCAUCAAAGAGGCCACACUGGAGAAAAGCCAUAUAAAUGCUCAGUGUGUGGAAAGAACUUCAGCCAGAGCUCACACCUUUCUUCCCAUCAAAGAACCCACACAGGGGAGAAACCAUAUCGAUGCUCUGUGGGUAAAAAGAGUGUGAGCCAGAACUCAAGCCUUACUUCACAUCAAAGAACACGCAUAGGGCAGAACGAGCUUCAGUCCUAACCAAAAACCUACUGUGCAUCAAAGCAUUCACACAAGGUAAAAAGCAUUUAACUGCUCAGAAUGUGGAAAGAGCUUGGUGUGGAGUACAGAACUUCAUAACCAAUGAGUCUCAUACAGAAAAUGUCACCUAAAUAUCUGGGUGCUGAGUCAACCUGAAGUUGUGAUCUGUGAACCACUAUAUACAGUCCUUAAGAACUCCCAGAGAACAGGUGAAAUGAGGUGGAAAUCUCCCAAUUGAAGAAGAGGAGCUGGGAAAACUGUGCAGGUUUAUCAGCUUGACGUUGCUACCUGGCAAAAUCUUAGAACAGAUGAUCAAGCACUCUGUGAUCAUAUAGUAAAAGAUCUGGUGAUUAGUAGGAGCCAGCAUGGAUUUGUCAAGAACAAGUCAUGGCGGAGUAACCUCAUCUCCUCUUUCAACCGAGUGACAAGUUUAGUAGAUCACGGCAGUGCUGUGGACAUUGUGGCUCACAUCCUGACUAACCAAGUGCUUGCAAAGAGGGGUCCUGGGAGCACCGAGCCAUUGCACUAGCUGCUUGUGUCAAGUCUGGAGCUUACAGCCCAGACUAGUGUUGCGCUAGCACAAGGAUGCUUGAGCUUGUGCACCUGCAUCCCGUCUCAUUUUGUUUAAAGGGAAGUUUUGUGCAAUUGCUGUUUUGUAGUGCAAACUGUUUUGUAGUGCAAGUGUGUGAUCUUGCACUAGCUCAACUUUCCUCAACAUAAGAGCCUUGCUGGAUCAGACCCAGGACCAUCAGACAGGGGUUCUGUAGCAGUUUCCUGAAGUGAGUGUCCCAGUGGACAAGAAAACCAAUAAAGUCCUUCCAGCAAUUAAAAUUCUAUAGGAACAUAGGAAACUGCCAUAUACUGAGUCAGACCAUUGGUCUAUCUAGCUCAGUAUUGUCUUCACAGACUGGCAGCAGCUUCUCCAAGGUUGCAGGCAGGAAUCUCUCUCAGCCCUAUCUUGGAGAAACCAGGGAGGGAACUUGCAACCUUCUGCUCUUCCCAGAACGGCUCCAUCUCCUAAGGAGAAUAUCUUGCAGUGCUCACACAUCAAGUCUCCCAUUCAGAUGCAACCAGGGCAGACCCUGCUUAGCUACGGGGACAAGUCAUGCUUGCUACCACAAGACCAGCUCUCCUCUAUGAUUCUGUGUUAUGUCACUUCUCUCCAAUCAGACUUGAAGACAAAAGAGAAUAUCUACACAGCAUAAAAGGCAUACGCCUGUUCAAAAUGGGAAGGGGAAAGGAAGCUUUCAGCAGCAGCAAAUUGAGAAAAUAUCUCUGUGUUGGAAAGAUUGUGCAGAUGGGAGCUGAGAUCUUUCAUGGCAUCUGAUUUGGGAUUAACUCUGCCCUGGACUCUUCUGGCAAAGGAGACUUGCCUCACAGGGACCCUGGAAGCUCCCCACUGCCACAGGGCUGGUAUCCAGAUGUACACCUGCCUUAUAAAAGAGAAAAAAUCUGAUGAACCCUCUCCAUUGCAAACUCAUCUGGGAGCAUGUGUAGGUUUGUGGCAAAAUCUGUGAAAAAUGUUUAUGAAUGGUUUUGUUUGAUUUGACAGUUUCUCUAGCUCAGGCCUAACCUUGG